ACCACCAAUUAUUCUGAGAUGGCUCCCGUCAUUCGCUUUGCUGCUUUCAAGUACAAGCCAGGGACUACUGACGCACAAAAGAGACAGUCUCUUGACGGCCUCAUCAAGCUUUAUGAGGAGAACGCACGUAUGGUCAACCAUGGCCCUAUCGGUGGCAGGAACAAUAACCCAGAGGGUUUCGAUAAAGGCUUCGACGUAGUCUUCACAGUCGAAUUCAAGUCCAAGGAACUCCGCGACGAGUUCAUUCCAGAUGCGAAACACGUUGCAUACAAGAUGUCAAUCAUGGAUAUCGUCGAGGACGUUAUUGUAUAUGAUUUCGAGAAGGGUGAUUAUGGCUAUUGAGUUACAUGAACUCCCAAGAUAAAUCAAGAGGGUACAUACCUUAGCUUCUACUUGUUCAAUGCUGCUUGCUGUUCACGAUAGAAGGUGUAAAGAUAUAGCGUAUAAUUUAGCAGACUGAAAAUCAUUGUGUUCGUCGCGGCGCAACCUGUUGACUGCCACUUGGCCGAUUCGAUCGAAAUGAAAGAUCGCAGCGAAUAACAACAACAGGCCAG